GCCUCUACGCCUCUCCGGCCCAGUCUGUCUGUCCGCGAGGAAGUCGCAAGAUGGCUGAUGUCGCUUGGAAGUAUGUUCCCCUCCGCAACAUGAAGUCGUGAGUGUGGAAGAAAGCGAGGGAGGCACCAUCGGGCUUUUAUUUUUAUUUUAUUUUAUUUUAUUUCUCCCAACAUUCAUUUCAUUCCGCGUCGUGUCUGAUCCAGGCUUGUCUGUACGAGUUGACGCGUCAGUCACACCGGGGUUGAGCUCGACAGCUAUCACAGCUAACUAGCUGCACAGUUAGCUAACAUUAGCCAGGUAGCCAACUUGCUAGUGUAACGUUAGCUUGUCAUAGGAUAUCCUGCAUGCCAGCCAACAUUAAACAUAUUAUUUUAACGCGCUAGGCUGCUAGUAUUGCUACUGUUAUCAAUUAUCGUGACCGUCCGAUGCUGAAUUAUUCGACAGUCAUGUUCGCUAACUAGCUUUCUAGCUAGCUCGUGCGCAGCAUUGCUUCAAUGUGCAACAGCGGGAUAAUCAAUUUGGAAACAUCGCCUAAAACAACACACUCAUCAACUUGCAAAAAACAUUUAUUGUAUUAGUUAUUACAUGGGGUUUAGGUCCAACCGUGUUAGCAAGUUUAUUUGGCUUUGCUGGCGCCUCACCAACAUUGACAGCGAUGGAAAGCCAACUGUAACUACUCCAGACCAAAUAGAGAAGCUAGCUAUACGUCUAUCUGCUGAAGUAGCGAGCUAGGUGGGGGCAUAUUUAGCUAGCUUGCUGUCAAUUUAUUAAAGUUAUAAAGGGGGCAGGUCCAAGUAGAUCGACGAAGUGCUACAACAGUCACUCACUGUCCGAGACAAGUUAGCUAGCUAAUAGUGCAUAGCUAGCUAACGUCUCGCCAAUAACCUUACAAUCACGGCGUACAGAACGUAUCCCGAGUCCACUCCCGGCCAGACACACCGGCUCAACAACACCGUUAUGGGAGUUCAGGGGUUCCAGGAGUAUCUAGAGAAGAGAUGUCCCGGGGCUGCGGUUCCGGUGGAUCUCCUGAAGCUGGCGCGCACCGCCGGCCGCCAGCCACCUCACCACCACCACCACCACCACCAUCCUCAUCACCAAGGGCCCAUGCCUCCCCCGCCCCCGCCGGCCCGGAUCUUGAUCGAUGCAGACUCCGGCCUACAGCGCCUGUACGGCGGAUACCAGACGGACUGGGUGUGCGGGGGCGAGUGGAACGCUAUGUUGGGCUACCUGGCUGCGCUCUCGCAGGCCUGUCUCUACCAGGGAGGUCUCGAGCUGGUCGUGGUGUUUAACGGCACUCUCGGUAAGGAGCGCUGGCCGGAGUGGGCGCGCCGAGCCCAGGGGCAGCGGCAGACCGCGCAGCUCAUCGUCAACCACGUCGGCAGCAAAGCCACCCCUCCUCCCCGGGCUUGGUUCCUGCCCCCGGCCUGCCUCAGUCACUGCGUCCGCCUCGCCAUGUUCCGCUUCCGAGUGCGGGUGGUGCAGACCCUGGAGGAUCACCACCAGGAGGUGCUGUCUCUGUACCGGGACUUUGGCUUCGCCGGCCUGAUCGCUCAGGACUCUGAGUUCGCUCUGUGCAACGUCCCCGCCUACUUCUCCUCGCACGCCCUGAAGCUCAGCUGGAACGGGAAGAACCUGAGCACCCACCAGUACCUGCUGUCUGAGGCCGCCAGGCAGCUGGGCCUCAAGACUCAACACCUGCCCUGCUUCGCUGCUCUCCUGGGGAACCACAUCCUGCCUGAUGAGGACCUAGCAGCGUUCCACUGGAGCCUGCUCGGCCCAGAACACCCCCUGGCCUCGCUCAAGGUGCGGGCCCACCAGCUGGUGCUGCCCCCCUGUGAGGUGGUGAUCAAGGCCGUGUCUGAGUACGUGUCCUCCAUCAAGGAGCUGGGCAACCUGGAGGCCAUCGCUAGGGACGUCUUCAAGCAGUCCCAGUCCCGUAUGGAGGAUAAAGUCGAGCGUUUUAAGAAAGCUGUGGAGUAUUUCUCUGCUGCCUCCAAGCCCCGCCCACUCUCCAUGGGCCCCUCCCCCUACAUCUUACCUGGGUUUGGACCUAACCCAUUUGGAGGACCUCCUGGCCACAUGCAGACUGGAAAGAAUCAGUUUGGGCCUCCCCAGAUGACUGGGGUGAAGCCAGCCUAUCACAACGCACCGUAUGGACCAGGCUCAGCAUUCCUGUUUCAGAACCCGCCUCCACCCCUCCAGGACUGCAAUGAUUCACUCCCGGGGAAAAUGGGCUUCUCUGAUUGGUCGGCUCCAUAUGAUUCCAGUCACGGGGGAGGCAGGUUACCCAAUCACCACACUGGUGCUCCUCCUGGCCCAUCCCCCUCCCCUUCCUCCUCCUCGGACGGAGAUGAACCCAAUGACAGCAACGCCAAUCAUCUAACAGACAAGUCCUCUAGGUGGGAUGACCCCUCCGGGAGAGGGGGCAGGGUUUUGGGGGAUGGUUCCCACGGUAACGGGAGUGGUUCAAACAUUCCGUCGCUGUUGUCUAUGGCGACGCGGAGUCACAUGGACAUCACCACACCCCCUCUGCCCCAGGUCAGUGCGGAGGUGUUGCGUGUAGCUGAACACAGACACCGGAGAGGACUCAUGUACCCUCAGAUCUACCACAUACUAACCAAGGGAGAGAUGAAGAUGCCAGUGUGUAUCGAGGAUGAGUGUAACUCGGAGCUGCCCCCGGCCGCGCUGCUCUUCAGAGCAGCCAGACAGUACUGCUACGGGGUCCUGUUCAGCCUGGCAGAGACCCACCGCCGCAUGGAGAGACUGGCCCUCCGCAAGAGAGCUCCCCUGGAGGUCCCCCCGGUCAUAGUGAAGGAGUGGAGCAGUGGGAAGGCCAAGUCAGCGCUGACCCCGGAGCUGGUCCCUGCGCUGUGCUUCAGGGAGUGGACCUGUCCCAACCUGCGCAGGCUGUGGCUGGGCCGCGCUGGGGAGGACCGCUCCCGCAGGACCCGAGCCUUCCUGGCCUGCCUCCGCUCAGACUGCCCCGCCCUGCUCAACCCCGCCCACGUCCCCCAGCACCUGCUGCUCAUGUGCUGUGUGCUCAGGUAUAUGGUGCAGUGGCCAGGAGGCAGGAUCCUCCAGAGACAUGAGCUGGAUGCGUUCCUGGCCCAAGCCGUGUCCAACCAGCUGUACGAACCUGACCAGCUGCAGGAGCUGAAGGUGGAGAAGGUGGACGUGCGAGGCGUGCAGCUGGCCUCUCUCUUCAUGGCGGGCGUCGACACGGCGCUCUUCGUCAACGACGUGUGCGGUCAGCCGUUGCCAUGGGAACACUGUUGCCCCUGGGGCUUCUUCGACGGGAAGCUGUUCCAGAGCAAACUGAGCCGCUCCUGCAGAGACCGGUCUGCCCUGCUGGACAUGUGUGAGGGGCAGGAGGAGUUGGUGUCCAGGGUAGAGAAGAUGAGACAGGCUAUUCUAGAGGGCAUCAACCUCUCCCGACCCCCUCCCCCCCCCCCGCCCCUGCCCCCCCCUGCCUUCCUGCCCCCUCCCAUGGUGCCCCCCUUCUACCCCAUGCCGCCCAUAUACCCCCCUCGUCCUCUUGGCAACAUGCCCCAUCAUCAUCCUCAUCAUCAUCCUGCCCAGCACAGACCCAGGGCCUUCCCAGGUAUCCAGGCCAUCCCCCCCCAGGGAGGCAAGCUGGAGAUCGCUGGCAUGGUGGUGGGCCAGUGGGCCGGGAGCAGGGCCCUGCGCCCCCGGGGGGGCAUGACGGUGGUGUCAGUGGGGGCGGGGAAGGGAAGGGGUAAGGAUGUUCCUCUGAAAGUGCGUCCAGGGAAGAAGGUGACCAGUACCACACCACAGACUUUGUCGUCAUCUCCCCCCUCCAGCUCCUCCCCCAAAGCCUCAGAAGAGGCGGGGCCAAACACAGAGGGCGUGUCCCAGCAGCUUAACGGCAGCUCAGCCAUUGGCCAGCCCUUGGACAUGCCCCCACUGGCCCAGCCAAUCCCAUGUGCCUUAGCCAGCAGAGACAACCAAUCAGAGGGGGCAGAGGCAGAGGCCCCCCGUUGCCUUGACGACUGCCCAUCAGACGGAGCACUACAGAAGGAGGAGUGACUGCAUCUCCCAGGAUGCACUGCGGAGCGAUCUCUGUUUCGACUGCCUUUCCCUAUUUGUAGCCCCGCCCACUCUCUGUCCGCAUCAUCACACCAACCAGGAAGUGAGGGACGGAGGGCCCCGUUAGACCCUCCUUCCCUCCCUCCCUUCUGCUCUGUGAUUGGUCAGACCGGUUAAGUCCAGAUCCAUUGUAGUUCUACUCAUGUGCUUUUUAUUUCUUUAGAAUGAGAGUUUAUACUCACCCCUGCCCCCUGCACACACACACACACACACACAGCUCCCUGCCCCCUGCACACACACACACACACACACAGCUCCCUGCACCCCUCCAUGUUCAGAGUCAUCUUAGCAGCUUAGUCAGUUUUUCUGAUGUUUGGUCUGCACACAGUUCAGGCUUGUUGCCAUGGUUAGCGUGACUGUAGCGUGUUGUUGGUUUCAAGCCUGGUGGAGAGAGAGAGGGACAGGG